AUACCAGAGUUGCCACGUGUUUGCUGAACAGAAAACACGAUUUUCUUAGGGCAUUGGAAAAAUUAUAUGAAGGCAUUUAAUUUUAUUAACCGAGUUUAAGCAGGACGCCAGCCAGUGAAAAUUGUAAUGGAGUAGAAAUUGCAACAGUCCGCUGCGAAUAUGAAUGCCAAUUAUAUAUCACGCGCACUCUGCUACCAUGGCCAGCCAUUGCAGAAAAUCUGGGACGAUGAGCGCGGCAUUGAGGACUUGCGGCGCUUAAACCUGACGCAGCCCAACUACAGUGUGUACCAGGAGCGGCAGAAGUAUUUUACAUUUCAGGAGCGUGCCAAACGCUUGAAGAUUCAUCAGUUUCUGGCACGUAAAGCAUUGGAUUUGUACGACCGGCAGUUGGUGGGCAAUGUGAUGGAGGAAUCAUGGCUAACACAAAUGAGCAACUGCAUCGCACAACAACCACCGCUUGAGUUUUAUUUAAAUGUUAAGGACAAACGCAAGGCCUGGGCAUAUCGCAUAGGUGCACUUAAGCAGGGCGACAUUGUGUUUGCCUCUGUGCAAAAGGUAAUGGCCAAUGCGAACCGUAUUAUGGUCAAGCCCUUGUGCACAGGAGAACCAUUGCACUUCUAUCUGGCCGAUAUGCCCAUUAAGGCCAUCAUUAUGCAGGACCAUUGGGGUCCACUACCGCUGGACAAACAGGGCAAUCCCCGUGCAUUUGCAACAAAUGAUUUCCUACGCUGUGAGGUGUGCAACGUAUCUGCGGAUGUGGAGCGCAUGACUUUGGGCAUGUUGGGUCUGUACAAUAAAACGCCAGAUCUGCAACUGGGCCUAUGCGAUCUCUCAGCACUCCCCAAUUACUAUCGUCAAAUACAUAAUCAGGAGCCAUCGAGUGCACCACAUUAUGAGGAUCAGUUGAAUGCAGCGCUGGAAUUUGAGAAUCCCAACUAUGAUGUACUAUUCCAACUCAAUGGACUGCAGCCCAACGAGAAUCUGACAUUGAUGAGCAAUAUCAAAGUGGGCUUUCCCGAGGCUGAAUAUGCUCUCGAGCUGCGCCAGAAACAGGCCUCACAAUGGGCAUUCCGCUCCGUAGCUGAUGGCAUUGAGCACUUUAAGAAUGGCCAACAAGUUGAGGCCUUUCAGUGCCUAAACAAGGCCCUAAACAUUGAUCCGCGCAAUGUCGAGGGUUUGGUGGCGCGCGGGGCGCUAUACGCGAAUCGGGGCAGUUUCUUGAAGGGUCUGAAAGACUUUGAAAAGGCGCUAAUGUUGAAUAAGUACCAUGUGAAUGCGCGUAAAUAUAUGGGCGAAACCCUGGUGGCACUUGGACGCAGCUAUGAGGAGGAGAAUCGCAUUCCGGAUGCAAUCAAGGCGUACAGCGAUUGCCUGAACCUAUUGCCACAGCAUGAACAGGCACGCAUCUCGCUGGAUGCACUGCAGCAACAAAGAUCAGCUGCACUUGGCACCAGUUCCAAUCUCAGGCCCAUACAGCAUGGCGCCGAGCUGCUUAAUUUGCACAACGCUACUGGCGCUGCCAUCACCAUUGGCUCCUCGGACGAUUCCAGCUCAUCAAGUGCCAGUGACAACGACAAUGACAGCGAGGAGCAGCCCGGCAAAUCGCACUCCAGGGACGUUCAUUUGCCCAUAGAGCGGAACAAGCACGCCGUAAGCGACGCCCUAUCAGCCAAUGAGUUCAAGCUGGACGAUGAUGAGACCAUGAGCAGUGUUCGUCGGCUGUUGCGCGAGGCCAGCAAGCACAAGAAAUCCAAAAAGCGGGGAAAAAAGAAGAAGGACAAGGAUCGCAAGGACCUCAAGAAAUCCAAAUCAAAGUCGGCGGAUGAAGUUGAUGCAAUGACAACCACAGAGGAUGCACUGGAAAUGCUCAAGAAAAUUGACUAUGCGGAGGCGUUCAGGCUCAUGAGCAGCAGCAGCAGCGAUGCCCAGCUAAAGGCCCAGCUGCAAAACUAUUUUAAGAGUAGGGAACGCUCGGAAACACCCCCGCCGCCGCCGCCACCGCCUGCAUCCAACACAAUGCGAAAGCAUCCAUCGGCAGUUGAUUACAGUUUAAUGAUGGGACCAAGCACUUCGAAAUAUGCCGCCGCUGCGGCAAAUGUGGAUGAUGAGCAGCCGCCGCCGGCGCCCAAGUUUCACAUUCAUCAGCAUCAGCAACUGCAGCAACUGCAGCAACUGGAGCAACAACAGCAGAAGCUCUCAUUUCAAAUUAAGAAGCGUCCGCUGCAAAUGGAUAAAUUUGGAUUGCUGCGCUUGGCCACGCCACUCAGCUCGCAUUCGCAUAGUCGCAGCCGCAGUCGCUCGCCUAGACGACGCAGUCGAAGCCGUUCCCGCGACAGACGCUCUUUGCGACGGCGCGGUGGGAGCUCGCGUUCUCGCAGCAGGAGCAGGAGUCGCUCGCGUUACUCAAGAUCUAGAAGACGACGCACACCUAGCCGUAGCCAUAGUCGUAGAAGCAGUCGCAGUCGUAGUUACUCGCCUUCACGUUAUGGAGGAGGGAGAUCACGCUUUAGAGGGGGGCGUGGAUAUAAGCAACGGUUUGGAAAUCGUCGAACCCGCUCACGUUCCUUCGGCCGAGCACGUCGCACGCCGUCGCCGUUUGUGCCUCGACGCACACCCUCGCCUUUUGUACCCCGACGCACACCCUCGCCGUUUGUACCCCGACGGACGCCCUCGCCAGCCACUCGCUAUCGACGCACUCGCUCACGUUCACGCAGCAUUAGUCCUGGGCGUUAUCAUUCGAAGCGAUUCACGCCGCGCGGACGAGGACGCGGUCGUGGACGGUUUCAGAAUCGUUGGAACUUUGACAGCCGCCAUAAUGGCAGGCGUUCGGGUCCCGAACGGAGUGUUAGCCCGCCUGGUGAUGGACCCACCAUCGAAGAGGUGGACGAAAUGAUCAAAGAGGCACAAAAGGAGCGCAAGCAAGGCAUCAUUGAGAGCGACAAGGAUAUACUUAAAAAGAAAACAACAAACGCCCCCAGUGACAGCGGUUAGAAUUUAAGUAUAGGCACAUACAGCGUUAAGUUCCCCUUAUACGUAGUUCUAUGUAUACUUGAUAAACACUCAAAAUGUAAUUAAUAUCUGAUAGACCCCAUUAACACAAACAUGGACACCAAAAUAAAGAUGCUUACGAAGCAAUUUGCAUGGUCUGCAUGCAUUACAGAUAA